AUGCUAACUCAAAGUCAACUGACUUCAUUUUAGAAUUCUAGUUUGGACAAAAUAUCUACUGACUAGGUCCUUAUGCAAAUUUAAAACCAUCUAAAGUAAAAUAUUUAAUAGCCAGUCUUUGGAGGAGGCAGUUCUUAAAAAUCAAACUUUGACAAUCAAAACACGAACUAUCUGUCCUCACUUAAUUCUUCAGUAGAAAAAAAGACCAUAGAUCUCACAGGUACUCCUAAUUACUAGAAUAUGAUUGAUAAUUGUUCCCCUAAAGACUUAUUUAAUAAUAAAGAGAACAUUAUGAAAACUUAGAAUAUCUUGCUUAUUGAUGAUCUCAUUCAGCCAAUGCCUUAGAUGUAUGCGAGGAACUCAAUAGAUUCAACAGACUGCCAAUAGUUGCUAAACGAGUUCAAAAUACCCACUCAUCAAUCAAAUAAUGACAUGGAUAAGAACAACAAUAUCAGGAAUCAAAGUCAGUAGAUAUUCUUUCAAAUCCAGUCAUUAUUGGAAGAAUUCAGGGUUUUAAAUAUGAAAUACAGCUAGAAAUUAAAUUCAUGCUCAGCAUUAGAUCGGCAAGAAGUAAGCCAGAAGAUUGAGCUGAUAAGCAAUAAUAUAUACUACAUUCAAUAUGAAGUCAACAACAUCAAAUCUCAAGAUAUCUGUGAGUAGAUUGGCUAGAUCUCUGCCAGAUAAAUAAUGAUUUAAUCACUCAAAGCUUAACACUAAACACUAAGUGAGGAAUUGGAUAAAUACCAAGAUGAGCUAUCAAUUAAAACUAAAAUAGAUUAGCAGCAGUAAUAGAAUCAAUAUGCUAAUUUUACUACCAAUCCAAUUACUAACUCAAACCUUUCAUUGCAGUAAAACGAUAUAAAUGGAGAUGAAUCUGAACUUAAGAAAAGACUAAAUCAGAUAAUAGUUCUGUGCAAAAAGCUGAAUCCCUCAGACUCUCAACCUUAGAGUUCUAAAUUUGCAAUGCUUAAGUAAACGCUAGGAAUACAGUAGGAAUCAAAGCCAAAUCAAUAAGACUACAUCAAUAAAUCUGUUGGAGAUAUUAUCUUUGAUAUUGAGGAGGAGUUAAAAGUAAUGUGUGAGGGCUUUGAGCGCAGAGAUCAGACAAGAUAGGACAUUAAUCAGAAGAUGAUACAGGCUGUCAAGUAAUAGCAGUUUAAGGAGCAAAUGGCUUUGAAAUAUGAAUUCGAGUAGAAAUUGGUUUCUCAGAGAUAAGAAAGUGAGGAGAAGUUUAUCUAGCAACUAGAUCACAUGAGAAGAAGCUCUUAAAACAUUAAUGAGACUUCUGAAAUUCUGCAUUUAAACUAGGAAAUUGAUAGACUCUAAAACAUGAUAAAUCAAAAUCUAAAUGAAAUCUCGUAUUUGAAACAAAACAUGGGUCAUUUGGUGAAUGAAAAGGCUCAUCAGAUAGAGGCUAAUUUACUUAAAGAAUCAGAAAUUAAGGAGUAAACAAGGCUGAAGGAAAUCGAAAGUGAUAUGAAGAUUAUCAAACUUGAAUGGAAAAAUAAAAAUAAGACAUUGAAAGCUGACUAUGAAAAGUAACUUAGGCAAAAAGAGUAAGAAAUAAAGGAGCUGAAGGACAUGAUUAGUUAGAAUGAGAAGUAUUAGAAAUAAGAGAAUGAAUUAGUAGGGGAUAUGAAGUUACAAGAGGAGGAAAAAUAUGAAAAAAGAAUCGCACUUAUUAAAAAGAUGCACGAUGAGUAAGUACAGGAGCUUAAAAGAGUUAUAUCUGAAAGAGAAAAUGAAAUAGAGACAAAAAUAAUCAUAUUCAAUAAAUAGAAGGAUGAUCUCUACUAGAAAGCGAAGCAAGAUGCGAUCAAGGAGGAAAAGAUCAAAACUGAUAAGUAUCUUUCGAAAAUUGAACGAAUCAAGCAAUAAGAACUUGCAAUGUCAAAGAGAUAGCAAAGAAGCACCAUAAAUGAACUCAAAGAUUAGAUUUCACAGAUAGCUCAGUAACUAGACUUAUAUGCUAAAGCUAAUCCAUAUUAGCAAGCUUAAAUGAUAAAUUCAAUCUUGUCGCCUGAGUAAAGUUUCAACCCACUUUAGAAUCCCUCACAUCCAGGACUAGACUUGCAGAAUCUUAAAGACAGUGUAGGACAGUUAACCAAUUAAAUUAAAGAGAUUGACAGAGAUACCGGCAAGUAUGCAAGAAACGAAGAGAGAUCUCAGGCAUCAAGAUCUUAAAAUAGACUUGAAAAAUAUAAGCAAUCAAUGCUAGGCACAUCUGGAAAGAAAGGAGGCUUGAACGAAAGCUUGUCACGCGAGAGACCACUUUUCUAAUCUAAGCUAAACCUCACUUAGAAAGUUGACUUUGAUGUCAGUAACUAAUCUAUCCUAGUCGAUAAGUAGAGAGACAAGUCUGAAAUUAAUAAUAAAACCUUUAUGGAUUCUCAAAAUAUUUUAGAAGAGGUGAUUGAAGUCACAAAAGUCUAAGGAAUAUAAUGCAUUCUAGGUGCAUAGUUCUUUGAAACUCUAGAUCUAAGGGUUUGCAUGAGAUGUGGUUUAAAUGAUAAAAUCUAACCUGGACAAUGCAACUUCCAUCCCUUUAAGUGCCAUCACAAGUCAGGUUCUGGUAAGUAUAUGUACUCUCCACAGUGGCAUUAAUGUAGAGAAAACUGUGUCCAUGACUCUAAAGAGAAAACAGGAUGCAUUACCUUAGAUCAGCAUUACUAUGGGACUCAUCUUCCUUACAUGGAAUCAGUUGAAACUGAGAGAAAGAGGCAAAAGUCUCUUUAAAGAAAGAGUUUUAUGAGUACAAAAGAUGAUAAAGAAGUAAUGACUGAGGUAUCAUUGCUAUUCAAUCCUUUUAAGAAAACUUCUCAGCCGAACUCAUCAAGAUCACCAAGACCAUCUGAGAAAUCCUAUCAUUCUAGGAAAAGGUCAACAAGUAGUACAAGUUCCAACCCGUAAUAUAUGUCUUAGAGAAGAUCUAGCAAACAUAAUCAUUAUUCAUAAGUGAGUAAUGUUAAGAGUUCUACUCAUUCAAAAAGUUCAGUUAGUAAAACUAAACCAUCAUACCUAGAGUAAUCAAACUAUCAGACUUACGUGAGACUACCCGAGGAUAGAGAAAGCAUUCAAUCAUCUCCGUUAACAACUAGUAAGCUCUAAGUGACUGCCCCAGAUUAGAAAUAUUCCAGCAGGAUUCAUGAAUCUAGCCAUCCUGAUAAUGCCAGCUAUUCUUAAAGAUCUAAAAAAACAUAGAAUGCAUUAGCAGUUGUAUCACCUUUCAAAGAUUAACUUGAGAAUUAUAUAUAGUCAAUGGCAUCUUAAACUGAUCGAUUAGACAGUUAUAACUCUAUGAGCUCUAAUGGGAUGAAAUAUCAAACUAAUUCUUUCAACACAGCUACUUAGGUAAAAUGUGAGAAGGCUUUUGAUAGUAAUGAUAAUAUGAUGAUUCAGAGCAGAUACCUUAAAACUGAUCAAGAUUAGAAAUAAAGCUCAACUUAGAAAAAGAUACAUAAAAGUAGUACUAUUAUGAUUUAAAGUGAUGUUUCACAAAGCGAUAGGAGAAAUAGCUCCAGGCAUUCUAAAAUUUGA